UAACAUUACAUGUACUCAAUUGGCAUUUCCAUUUCACGAAGUCUUGGCUGGGUUCGCAUCUUACUGUGCGUGUAGCCACAUGGAUUUUGAACCAGGAACAUCGAUCUUGCAAAAUGGAGCCGUCAAAAGUUCGCCCAGGCACGCUCGAACGGCUCACAACAUGUCAUCGUCAUCGUUGCGAAAAAAGUCCGAUUUAACCCUCGUCUCCAAGGUUCGUUUUGGUUCCCUCAGACUAUUUCUUGUAAAUCUUCAAGAAGUCAUUUUGGGAACCAGAAUUUGGAUUCUUUUUCCGGCCGUGCCGUUGGCUGUUUUGGCUAACUCUUUCGGCUUUGCAAGACCAUGGGUUUUCGUUGUUAGCUUAAUGGGUAUUGCUCCACUUGCCGAACGCCUUAGCUUUCUGACCGAACAAAUCUCAUACUUCACAGGUCCUACAGUUGGUGGGUUGCUAAAUGCGACGUGUGGCAAUGCGACGGAAUUAAUCGUAGCAAUUUUCGCACUAAGAAAAGGAAAUAUUAAGUUGGUGAAGUAUUCUCUGUUGGGAUCUCUUCUUUCAAACCUUCUUCUUGUUCUUGGAACCUCACUCUUCUUUGGUGGCAUUCUCAAUAUUAACAAACAACAGACCUUUGACUCCAGUCAAGCUGAGGUGAACUCGCACAUGUUGAUGUUGGCGCUUCAGUGCUACUUUCUACCCAUGUUAUUCCCUAACGUCGGAGGAUCAGCUGACGAGGCAAGAGUUGGUGCGCUACGAUUGUCUAGAGUUUGUAGUGUAGUAAUGCUGGUUGCAUAUGUCGCUCACUUGAUCUUUAAUCUUUGGAGUAGUCAUCGUCCAUAUUUUGAAGGAAACGAGGAAUUGGACGAGUACAAUGACGUAGUAGAAGAAGGUCCGGUGAUGGGAAAAUGGAGCGCCAUGGCUUGGUUGGUGGUUAUUACCCUUCUCGUGGCUUUGUUAUCUGAGUACGUGGUCGCCACAAUUGAGGAUGCAUCAGAAACUUGGGGUUUAUCUGUUGCGUUCCUUAGCAUAAUCUUGCUAUCAUUAGUUGGAAAUGCAGCUGAGCAUGCAGGUGCUGUCAUUUUUGCUUACAAGAACAAGUUGGAUAUUACUUUAGGUGUUGCAUUGGGAUCUGCAAAUCAAAUAGGAAUGUUUGUGGUUCCUUUGUGUGUAAUUGUUGCUUGGAUUAUGGGAAUAAAUAUGGAUCUCAAUUUUAAUAUUACCGAAACUGUCUCCCUUGCUCUCUCAAUAUUGGCUUCAUCAUCCAUUUUACAGAAUGGCAACUCUCACUACAUGAAGGGAUUGAUUCUCCUCCUCUUCUACAUUGUGAUUGCAACAUAUUUCUUCCUAACUACUGAUGAUGUUACUAUCAACAAUUUAGGGCUGCCCACCGUCCAACUAAAGCAACAAUAGCAAAAUUUCACUUAAAAUUUGUAUAAAUCGUAAAAGAAAAUUAUUUACAAAACAUAGUAAAAAAAAUUAAUUAAAUGAGUUAUCGAAUUUUUAAUGAAUUUUGCUAUAUUUUGUAAAUAGUUUCAAUACCAUCAAAUACAGUUAUAUUUGAUUUUAAGAUAUUAUAUUCCAAUCAUCUUAUAUA